UUCCUGCGUCUGUCAUGCGACACCCCACUUCAUAUCAUGUACAGCCUGAUGACGGCCCAUUGGGGGGUGCCCUCCCCCAACCUGGUGGUUUCUGUGGUGGGGGGGGGGAGGGGUCACGAGAAGGUCAAGACCUGGGUCAGGGAGGUGCUGAGACAGGGGCUGGUCAGGGCGGCACAGAGCACAGGUGAGAGACACACACACACACACACACACACACUGGUGUCCUGGGUAAGAGUCAUGACGGCACAGAGCACAGGUGAGGACAACGCCCACUGUUUCAUCUAUUUGUUUAAAAUAUCAAUAAUCCAUAUUGAGAUUAAUGGGUCCAGUCUCUUUAACAUACAUCAUGAUACAUACAUACUCUUUAAUGCAUCAUGAUGCGAUUAUAAUGCAUUAUACGCAUUGUCAUAAGUAUCUACAUUUACAUUAUUUAGCAGACGCUCUUAUCCAGAGCGACUUACAGUUAGUGCAUACAUUAUUCAUUUUUUUUUUUUCAUACUGGCCCCCCGUGGGAAUCGAACCCACAACCCUGACGUUGCAAACGCCAUGCUCUACCAACUGAGCUACCUCCCUGCCGGCCAUUCCCUCCCCUACCCUGGACCAAUUAUGCCAUUGGUCUCCCGGUUGCAGCCGGCUACAGCAGAGCCUGGAUUCGAACCAGGAUCUCUAGUGGCACAGCUAGCACUGCGAUGCAGUGCCUUAGACCACUGCGCCACUCGGGAGAUCCUGGUUCUAAGAACCCCUUUUGAUGUCUUGAGUUGUUUAGUAACCAUUUGUGAUGGGAUUAAGGAAGCUGGUCCUUUGGCACUAGUUCCUACUUCACUGUAGGGCUGUUAUUUUUAUAAUAUAUAUAACACUUUACUUGACACCUAUUAUGACAUGGUUAUGAACGUGUCAUAACUUGUUAUGACGCUGGGUGUCAGGUAAAGUGUUACCGUCAAUGGAAAUAAAUUCAUUAGGCACUAAUCUAUGGAGUUCACAUGACUGGGAAUACAGAUAUGCAUCUGUUGAUCACAGUAGGGGCGUGGAUCAGAAAACCAUUCGGUAUCUGGUGUGACCACAUUUUGCCUCAUGCAUCGCGACACAUCUCCUUCGCAUAGAUUUGAUCAGGCUGUUGAUUGUAUCCUGUGGAAUGUUGUCCCACUCCUCUUCAAUUGCUGGAUAUUGGCGGGAACUGGAACACACUGUCAUUCAUGUCGAUCCAGAGCAUCCCAAACAUGCUUAAUGGGUAUGCAGGCCAUGGAAGAUCUGGGACAUUUUCAGCUUCCAGGAAUUGUGUACAGAUCCUUGCGACAUGGGGCCGUGCAUUAUCAUUGGACGUACUGCCAAAUUCUGUUUGGUACAUUGUGUGACCAUUUGUACUAAAUGACAGAUUUCCCCAAAACGUUCUUCAAUGUUUUUUAACAGACUUUGAGGUACGUUUGCUCUGUUUGGCGGGUGUGGCUUGAAGCAAUGAGUGACGUUUUCUCAAGCAUAUUAUUAAUUUGUAAUGCGGAAAAAAACGGUGAGGGAGGAGCGCCCUUCUCAAAUAGAACAGUAAUCUGCGCCGCCCGAUCAUGUUGUCAACCAGUCAGCAUGAUGCAUCGUUCAGAAACAUACAUCUCUUUUCCAUAAAAGAUAUGUUCCAAUCUUCAAACUAGUUUUCAUUGGGAAGGCAGAUAAAGCCUUUUUAUCAAGAGUAAUCAUUUUUGCAUGUGAAAACAAAUAAUCUUACUUAUGUGCUUAACCUACGUCACUUUUGUUUUCAGCCGACUUCGCCGUCGAUCAAAACGGGGCACUUGGCUCAUGCCCGGUAGGCAGCCCGAUUCCAAAUUGAAUGGAAUCAACGUUAACCCGCUUCAUCCAGUGCAUGCCCGGGUCAUUGAUAGCACUCCCUCACUUUCCAACCCACAACCCAACCCCUCCCCGUUUUUCUACUGGCCGUUCAGAACAACACCAUUUCUGUUUAACUGAACAUUGCACACCGUUUUUUUCGUACUGUGCAGCCAGGGAGAAAGAAAGGAUCUUUCCUGGCUUGCCCUGAUUGGCUGAGAUAAUGGAGGGGCUGGACAUGCCGAGAGAUGAGUCCUGAUUGGUCUUUCAUGUCACAGGCUUCUGUCUAUAACAUAAUUGAGGCUUCCCAGGGUUGCGUUCAGUAUGACAGAACGGUGUGCAAAGUUGAAUUCAACGGAAACGGUACUGUACUGAAAGACCAGUUGGAAAAUGUUGUGAGUAUAGUGGCCCAGAGGGCAGCUACCAUAUGGUGUGUUGCACGAGUUUCAGAUACUCAAACCCAUAUUGAUCAGGCCACACCUCGCCAUACCUACCAAACAGGAGCAAACGUACCUCAAAGGAAACGUGCCGUUCAGUACAAACCAUCAUGCAACGUAGCAAACGUUGAAGCAAACAGAACAUACAGUGGGGGAAAAAAGUAUUUAGUCAGCCACCAAUUGUGCAAGUUCUCCCACUUAACAAGAUGAGAGAGGCCUGUAAUUUUCAUCAUAGGUACACGUCAACUAUGACAGACAAAUUGAGGGAAAAAAAUCCAGAAAAUCACAUUGUAGGAUUUUUAAUGAAUUUAUUUACAAAUUAUGGUGGAAAAUAAGUAUUUGGUCACCUACAAACUAGCAAGAUUUCUGGCUCUCACAGACCUGUAACUUCUUCUUUAAGAGGCUCCUCUGUCCUCCACUCGUUACCUGUAUUAAUGGCACCAGUUUGAACUUGUUAUCAGUAUAAAAGACACCUGUCCACAACCUCAAACAGUCACACUCCAAACUCCACUAUGGCCAAGACCAAAGAGCUGUCAAAGGACACCAGAAACAAAAUUGUAGACCUGCACCAGGCUGGGAAGACUGAAUCUGCUAUAGGUAAGCAGCUUGGUUUGAAGAAAUCAACUGUGGGAGCAAUUAUUAGGAAAUGGAAGACAUACAAGACCACUGAUAAUCUCCCUCGAUCUGGGGCUCCACGCAAGAUCUCACCCCGUGGGGUCAAAAUGAUCACAAGAACGGUGAGCAAAAAUCCCAGAACCACACGGGGGGACCUAGUGAAUGACCUGCAGAGAGCUGGGACCAAAGUAACAAAGCCUACCAUCAGUAACACACUACGCCGCCAGGGACUCAAAUCCUGCAGUGCCAGACGUGUCCCCCUGCUUAAGCCAGUACAUGUCCAGGCCCGUCUGAAGUUUGCUAGAGUGCAUUUGGAUGAUCCAGAAGAGGAUUGGGAGAAUGUCAUAUGGUCAGAUGAAACCAAAAUAGAACUUUUUGGUAAAAACUCAACUCAUCGUGUUUGGAGGACAAAGAAUGCUGAGUUGCAUCCAAAGAACACUAUACCUACUGUGAAGCAUGGGGGUGUAAACAUCUUGCUUUGGGGCUGUUUUUCUGCAAAGGGACCAGGACGACUGAUCCGUGUAAUGGAAAGAAUGAAUGGGGCCAUGUAUCGUGAGAUUUUGAGUGAAAAGCUCCUUCCAUCAGCAAGGGCAUUGAAGAUGAAACGUGGCUGGGUCUUUCAGCAUGACAAUGAUCCCAAACACACCGCCCGGGCAACGAAGGAGUGGCUUCGUAAGAAGCAUUUCAAGGUCCUGGAGUGGCCUAGCCAGUCUCCAGAUCUCAACCCCAUAGAAAAUCUUUGGAGGGAGUUGAAAGUCUGUGUUGCCCAGCGACAGCCCCAAAACAUCACUGCUCUAGAGGAGAUCUGCAUGGAGGAAUGGGCCAAAAUACCAGCAACAGUGUGUGAAAACCUUGUGAAGACUUACAGAAAACGUUUGACCUGUGUCAUUGCCAACAAAGGGUAUAUAACAAAGUAUUGAGAAACUUUUGUUAUUGACCAAAUACUUAUUUUCCACCAUAAUUUGCAAAUAAAUUCAUAAAAAAUCCUACAAUGUGAUUUUCUGGAAAAAGAAAUAUUCUCAUUUUGCCUGUCAUAGUUGACGUGUACCUAUGAUAAAAAUUACAGGCCUCUCUCAUCUUUUUAAGUGGGAGAACUUGCACAAUUGGUGGCUGACUAAAUAAUUUUUUUUCCCACUGUACCCCUGGCCGGUAUGUAGAUAAUCUUUGUUACUGCCGAUUGUUGGAAAGAUAAAGCUGUGGACAACUGCAAAAGUGUUGCUACAGCUCUCAACAACAUUGCUGCCCUGAAUUUAGCUGGUGCUAUCGGCAAAGCUCAGUGGUAGAAAGUUUAAAGAUCCACUUCAGCAAUUUCUUUUAAUUUUCAUGCUGAAAAACAAUAUCCCACGUACAGUAAUGUACUUAAAGGUGCGGUAUGCAGAAAUCGCUCCGCCAUUUCCUGGUUGCUAAAAUUUUUAUAGUUUGCCUAAUUUCAGUUUAUGUGACAAAACAAGCAGUCAUUGUGUAGAGAAUCAUUGUACUAUCUAAACCGCUGUGAAAUUUAUUUUCCAUAACCAAAAAUAUUGUUUUUUCUGCUGUUUUGAAGCUGGUGUACAAAACCUAAAUAAGACUCAAAAACAAAUCUUAAGAACGGUAAGCCUAGAAAUAGUGCACAUAGAACAGAUCUACAGCUUCUUAGACUUGCUUUCAACGAGAAUGAAAGAUCUAUAACUCACAUUUCUAUGUGAAUUUGGUCAGGUUGCCUAUAAAGUUACAGCUUUAAGGGUAAAAAAAACAUAUGCUUUGAGCAAAAUAGUGAGUGCAAACUUCAUGGAGUAGGCCAUUCAAGGAGUUGGCCUGAUGGUGCCCUCUGAUGUCAUAUGCCUCCCCCUUGCUUGAAGAACAAUAGAGGAGCAAUUCAGAACAAAAGAGGAAAGGCCCACCACUUGUGCCAUAUCAGAGGACACCUGGACCACCUUUUGAGAUGUUUCUUUUGUUAAGUAAAUCAGGUGAUAAAUGAGCUGAAAAUGAGACUGGAGUAGGAACUGGAGAGGUUAGUUUCUGGAGGACAUGAUGACUCAUAUGCUGACUCUGGGUGGGGCUAAAGUGAACAAUGCUGAAUAGGCUUAAACAAAGAAGAGGCUUUCAAAGGCUUUUCUGCUACUUGUCUCCUAGUGGGUUUACAAGUUUAUCAACUUUCAAAGUAGCAUAACUUUACAUUUACAUUUUCGUCAUUUAGCAGACGCUCUUAUCCAGCGACUUACAAAUUGGUGCAUUCACCUUUUUUGGGGGGGGGGGGGGUAGAAGGAUUACUUUAUCCUAUCCCAGGUAUUCCUUAAAGAGGUGGGGUUUCAAGUGUCUCCGGAAGGUGGUGAGUGACUCCGCUGUCCUGGCGUCGUGAGGGAGCUUGUUCCACCAUUGGGGUGCCAGAGCAGCGAACAGUUUUGACUGGGCUGAGCGGGAACUGUGCUUCCGCAGAGGUAGGGGAGCCAGCAGGCCAGAGGUGGAUGAACGCAAUGCCCUCGUUUGGGUGUAGGGACUGAUCAGAGCCUGAAGGUACGGAGGUGCCGUUCCCCUCACAGCUCCGUAGGCAAGCACCAUGGUUUUGUAGCAGAUGCAAGCUUCAACUGGAAGCCAGUGGAGUGUGCGGAGGAGCGGGGUGACGUGAGAGAACUUGGGAAGGUUGAACACCAGAUGGGCUGCGGCGUUCCGGAUGAGUUGUAGGGGUUUAAUGGCACAGGCAGGAAGCCCAGCCAUGUUUCCUCCAACUACAUUGUAUAUAUCAGUUUGAAGCUCUGACAAAGAUGGUGGAUAAAUGAAGAUAGUUCACUUAGGCCGUUUACCAUUGAAUUUGUUUUUCUACUUAACUGGGUGUGUCUCCCAGUGUAAUAGCAGCUGAGUCUGGUCUACUUAGUUAAUUCAUUUUAAUUGAACCAGAAAAAAAAGAUAAAUCCAGCGAGUGGGGUGUCUUGAUUCCUCUUCCAUCUCUGUCUCUGAGUCUCCUCCUUCUCCUCCUCUGGCUGUACUGGUUCGAAGUGCACAAAACACAUGACCGUCUAGGCCAGACAGUUGUUAAUUAAAGCAAGGCAGGGAAAUAAGAAAGUUCAGCCAUAAAGCAUAAUAAAGUUUGCAGACAAAGCAGUAGUAAUCAAACCAGUAGGUCAGAUGAGCGCUGAUCCAGAGAAGGAAUAGAAGUGCGUAAGUGAGCAAUCAAAUUGAGCAUUUGAAAGAAAACCCUUUCUUGGCCUGAUUCCAAUACAUGAUGGCAUCUUUCACUGCCAUUAAAUGGACAAAAUUACUUUUGAAGGAAAGAGGGAGGGAGGACAGUCAUCUGUAGCACCUGUGGUCCUCUGUAGCUCAGUUGGUAGAGCAUAGCGCUUGCAAUGCCAAGAUAGUGGGUUUGAUUCCUGGGACCACACCCAUACACAAAAUAUAUGCAUGCAUGACUGUAAGUCGCUUUGGGUAAACGUCUCUGCUAAAUGGCAUAUUAUAAUAUUUAUAUAUUAGGAAAGGAAGGAUGUGUAGAGUACGUAUUUUCACAGUUCCCUUGACUCAUAACCAACAAGCUCCUUAUCUGUCUAUUGUUUACUGGCCGUUGUCUAUGAUCAUGUGUUGCGCUGUUGGUAAGAAAGUGGUGCUUGCUAUUCCAAGGUUUUGGGUUCAAUUCCCGCAGGUGUCACAUACACAUAAAACAAAUGUAUGCACUCACUGUACUGCAAGUCGCUUUAAAUAAAGGCGUCUGCUGGCAUAUUAUUGUGUCAAACAUUUCUCGCUUGCUUUCUCUCACUCUCUCACUCUCCCCCUUCCCUCCCCACAUCUCUCCCUCCUCUUCUCUUUCUCCUCUCUCCCAGGGGCGUGGAUAGUGACGGGGGGGCUGAGGGAGGGGGUGGGUCGUUGUGUUGGGGAGGCAGUGAGGGAUCAUGCGGCGGCGGCCUCCUCCCUGUCCCAGAAGAAAGUCAUCGCUGUGGGCGUGGCCCCCUGGGGCCUCGUGCACAACAGACAGUGGCUCGUCAACGCUGAGGUACACGCACACACAAUAACAAUAACAAGGAAAUUGCAUUACACAAGGGAUGGUAAUCACAAUGCGCUCUCUCUUCUCUCUCUCCUCUCUCUCUCUGUCUCUCUCUCUCUCUCUGCCCCCCUCUUCCUCCUCCUCCCUCAGGGUAGUUUUCCAGCACGGUAUUAUGUCCAGAACACGUCCAGUGAUUCGUGCUGCCUGGAUAGUAACUACCAGGCCUUCCUGCUGGUAGAUGAUGGGAGUGUAGGCCGGCGGGGAGGGGAAACAGCCUUCCGGGCUAAGAUGGAGGACUACAUCUCCCACCAGCGCACCGGCAUCUGGGGUGAGACUCAGUAGACACAUAGGUUACAAACGCACAUGCACGCACACAUGCACAUAGAUACACACACACACACUUGUAAGACAAGUCCCCAGGUGUACAGGUGAUGCGCAGUAUGUUUAAACCACCCAUUUAAGGUGUACUAUGUUCAGAUCAACAAUAUUACUUUUCUUAUCAGCAAUCAUGUUUCCAGUUCACACAUUUCAGCAUGCAAGUGUGAGGUUAAGCCGUAAUGAGUAUUACAGGGGACCACUGAACGGUGACUCCUUGCUUGCGGUUGGAAAAUGAGACUAGAUGUAAUUAAAUCAGUAGAACCACAACAAUGUUGAUAGCUAGAUGCUAUAAAGCCCAUAUCCUAUUGCCACGUAUUUACAAAACUUGAUUUAAUUCUCAUAACGUUCGAGUGUGAGUUUUCACAUUUACCAACGUCCUUUGCGAUAUGAUAUAGCCUUUAAUACUCUAUGAAACUCGUGUAACUCUUUUGUAUUGCUUAUAUUUGGUGGGUUAUUUAUAUAUAAAAAGGAAGAAAGACUAACAAGUAAAUCCAAAGUUGAACUCAUCUGGCAAACAACCCAGAUGUUCUAUUGUUCUAUUGACAUCAUGACUAUACAAGGCAAUCUCCUCCUCUCUUUUGUGUAGUGUUCCAUUUUCUUAUUCGUAUUUUAUAAGGAAAUACAUUUAACUCACCGUUCCAAACCCAUGAUGCUUGUGGAAAAAUACAUAUUUAUAAAUAUUCUUAUGAGUAGUAAAUCAUGAAACAUUCACACAUUGACAUAAAUAUGAUGGACAUUCACUAUGACAUCUGAUCAAUGACUCAUGACUAAAAACUUGACAAGAAUUUUAUGGACUUCUCCCAUUUUCCCAACACCCCUUCCCUGUACCUGUUGUUUUCCAGGUAGUGGCAGUAUAGAUGUCCCUGUAUUGUGUAUGCUCAUCUCAGGGGAAGCUGCCAUGCUGGAGGUAAGCUAUGGCAACAUCACUAUCAUCACUAUGACUUACUUUACUUUUCAUGACCUCUCUACUGUCUCUCUCUCUCUUCUCUUUUUUUCUUUCUCUCUCUCACUCUCUUUUCUGGUUCUCUCUCAUACCUCUAUCCUCCAGAGGAUGGAUCUCUCUCUGAAGAAGGCUACUCCCUGGCUGGUGUUGAAUGGUUCUGGUCCAGCGGCGGACCUUAUCUGUGAGCUGCUGGAUGCCCUGUCAGCCGUGCCCAUGAGCCCCCACUCUCCCCCGCCAGAGGGUGAGGGGAGCGAGAAGGCCAGCGUGGAGCUGCGCGACAGAGCCCGUGAGAGGGUCCGGAGAUACUUCCCUGCCAAGGCAGACCUGGAGAAGCUUGUGGACAGGGUGAGUGUGUGUGUGUGUGUGUGUGUUUUAUUUUAUUUGUCACGUGCACGGUUUACAGCAGGUAUAAAAGGUACAGUGAAAUGCUUGUUCGCUAGCUCCCACAACAUUGCAGUACAAUCAUCAAUAAUAAGAAGUAAAAAUAAAAAAAGUAAUAGAAGAGGUAGUAUGCAUAGUAAUGUUUGUGUGUGUGUGUGUGUGUGUAUAUUUAAGCAAUAAGGCCCAAGGGGGUGUGGUAUAUGGCCAAUAUACCACAGCUAAGGGAUGUUCUUACGCACGACGCAAUGCGGAGUGCUAGGACACAGCCCUUAGACGUGGUAUAUUGGCCAUAUAUCACAAACCCCCGAGGUGCCUUAUUGCUAUUAUAAACUGGUUACCAACAUAAUUAGAGCAGUACAAAUAAAUAUUUUGUCAUACCCAUGGUAUACGGUCUGAUAUACCACGGGUUUCAGCCAAUCCGGAUUCAGGGCUCGACCACCCAGUUUAUAAAAAGUGUGUAUACGUGUACAAGCAUCCACGCGUCUGUCUAUGGGUGUUGGUGUGUGAAAGAGAAAGCGAGUUCGAGUGAGUAAGCGAGUAAGUGACUAUCAUACUGCUCAUCUCCCCCCCCAAGGCUCUGAGUAUCUAUAAAAACAGAGAUCUGAUCACAGUGUUCCACGGGGAGCAGGAGAGUCCUGAUGAUUUUGAUACAGUGCUACUGAAGGCUCUUGUCAGAGGUAGGUGCGUGAAUGCAUGCAUGUGUGCGUGCAUGUGUGCGUGCGUUUUCUAUCUGUUGACAGAUAUGUUGAACAUGAUCCUGGUCAAACUAAUCAUUCGUUCUAUGUAUUUUUCCGUCAGCUAGUAAACGUGUGUCAAGCGAUGCCAGUGAGUACACAGAGGAGCUGAAGCUAGCAGUAGCCUGGAACAGGGUGGACAUCGCUAAGAGUGAACUCUUCAACGGAGACAUCCAAUGGAGGGUGAACUGCUCCUCACUUCUAAUGCCACUUUUUAACACCAUUUAUUAAAUGUUAUGUUAUGUUAUGUUAUUUAGUUGACAAGGCAUUUAUUAUAUUUAAAACAGGCAGGCAGAACAGACCGAUAGGCAGACUAUGUUUCCGCUUCACAAAUUGGAAAUUGAACAAUAUAGAGAGGCUAGGGUGGUGGAGGAGGGAAGUUGGAAAUCGAUUCAAUUCGUAAAGCGUUCCUUAAUUUUCUCAAUAGUAUUGUUUCAACUUUGACAGACAGAUAGAUUGACUGAUCGACAGAUAGACAUGUUUAUAAAAACACCCUCCUAUCCUCCCACAGUACGAGGACCUGGAGGACUCCAUGACGGAUGCGCUGAUCAACGACAAGCCCCAGUUCAUACGUCUCUUCAACGAGAACGGCCUCAACAUCCUGGACUACCUAACUUACAGGCAUCUGGAGGUCCUGUACCGCUCGCUGUCCGACAGUUCUCUGGCCUACACGCUGCUCCAGCGGCUUCUCACAGAGAGGCAGGGCCUGGCCGGAUACCUGCCUACCGCUGCCUGCUCUCCGAAAGAGGCCUUAGCCCUCAAGAGCCCCCAGAGCCCCCUAUCAGGACCCUCCUCUGCCAAAGAGCUCAGCUUGUAUGAGGUGAGGAGGGGUUAGGGCUGUUGUGGUGACUGUAUUACCGCCACACCGGCAGUCAUGAAGGCAGUCAAAUUCCACUUGACCCUUUAGUCACGGUAAUUAGGCUUCUCCAAGCUCUGAUGCUGCUGAUGGUCAUUAAUAGCCUACCAAACUGGCUAACCGCCUGGUACUCAGCACUAUAUUGUCCCUCUAAUCACUCUGACAUCGAUGCAAAUGUGAUCGCAAAUCUAAUCAAACACUUAAUAAGUGCCCAUGAGCUCAUGUUGCAAAACAUUUCUAUAGGCUAUGCAAUUGCGAGAGAAAACAGAGUGAUGGCCUCCUAUUAAAAAGAGGAGGAUCCCAUCAGUUUUCUAUAGGCUAGGCCUCAAUUUUCCUAAUAUUAAGCACAUUGCUUAUCUUUACAAAAGGAGUAUAGCCUACCUGGCUGGCAUAAAAAUGAACCAUGGGAAAAGUGUCCUCCAUUCGCUAUUUAAGUGCAUAGAAGACAUGUAUUUUUUCCCCUGCUCCUGUUUCGAGACAGGUGCAUGAUAAUGGUCCAUUCUAAAUCAAAACAAAUUUCACACAUACAUUAGUAUACAGUGGGUAGAACAAGUAUUUGAUACACUGCCGAUUUUGCAGGUUUUCCUACCUACAAAGCAUGUAGAGGUCUGUAAUUUUUAUCAUAGGUACACUUCAACUGUGAGAGACGGAAUCUAAACUUAAUAUUUGGUACAGAAACCUUUGUUUGCAAUUACAGAGAUCAUACGUUUCCUGUAGGUCUUGACCAGGUUUGCACACACUGCAGCAGGGAUUUUGGCCCACUCCUCCAUACAGACCUUCUCCAGAUCCUUCAGGUUUCGGGGCUGUCGCUGGGCAAUACGGACUUUCAGCUCCCUCCAAAGAUUUUCUAUUGGGUUCAGGUCUGGAGACUGGCUAGGCCACUCCAGGACCUUGAGAUGCUUCUUACGGAGCCACUCCUUAGUUGCCCUGGCUGUGUGUUUCAGGUCGUUGUCAUGCUGGAAGACCCAGCCACGACCCAUCUUCAAUGCUCUUACUGAGGGAAGGAGGUUGUUGGCCAAGAUCUCGCGAUACAUGGCCCCAUCCAUCCUCCCCUCAAUACGGUGCAGUCGUCCUGUCCCCUUUGCAGAAAAGCAUCCCCAAAGAAUGAUGUUUCCACCUCCAUGCUUCACGUUUGGGAUGGUGUUCUUGGGGUUGUACUCAUCCUUCUUCUUCCUCCAAACACAGCGAGUGGAGUUUAGACCAAAAAGCUCUAUUUUUGUCUCAUCAGACCACAUGACCUUCUCCCAUUUCUCCUCUGGAUCAUCCAGAUGGUCAUUGGCAAACUUCAGACGGGCCUGGACAUUCGCUGGCUUGAGCAGGGGGACCUUGCGUGCGCUGCAGGAUUUAAAUCCAUGACGGCGUAGUGUGUUACUAAUGGUUUUCUUUGAGACUGUGGUCCCAGCUCUCUUCAGGUCAUUGACCAGGUCCUGCCGUGUAGUUCUGGGCUGAUCCCUCACCUUCCUCAUGAUCAUUGAUGCCCCACGAGGUGAGAUCUUGCAUGGAGCCCCAGACCGAGGGUGAUUGACCAUCAUCUUGAACUUCUUCCAUUUUCUAAUAAUUGCGCCAACAGUUGUUGCCUUCUCACCAAGCUGCUUGCCUAUUGUCCUGUAGCCCAUCCCAGCCUUGUGCAGGUCUACAAUUUUAUCCCUGAUGUCCUUACACAGCUCUCUGGUCUUGGCCAUUGUGGAGAGGUUGGAGUCUGUUUGAUUGAGUGUGUGGACAGGUGUCUUUUAUACAGGUAACGAGUUCAAACAGGUGCAGUUAUUACAGGUAAUGAGUGGAGAACAGGAGGGCUUCUUUAAGAAAAACUAACAGGUCUGUGAGAGCCGGAAUUCUUACUGGUUGGUAGGUGAUCAAAUACUUAUGUCAUGCAAUAAAAUGCAAAUUAAUUACUUAAAAAUCAUACAAUGUGAUUUUCUGGAUUUUGUUUUAGAUUCCGUCUCUCACAGUUGAAGUGUACCUAUGAUAAAAUGCACGCAUGACUGUAAGUCGCUUUGGAUAAAAGCGUCUGCUAAAUGGCAUAUUAUAUUAUAUAUUUAUAUUAUUAUAUUAUAUUAUAAAAAUUACAGACCUCUACAUGCAAAAUCGGCAGUGUAUCAAAUACUUGUUCUCCCCACUGUAUGUAAAGACUAGAUUAAAUCAAGAAUAGUCUGAUGGGUGACAAUAUUAGCUUAUCCCUUGUGAAUUAUAUAUUAUUACUUAUGAAUGAUGCCCAGCGUAAGGCAAGAAACAAAGCCUUUUUGUUGUUGUUGACUUUUUCAAAUCAUAGUCGCACACCUCAUGUAGCCCACAGGCCUAUAUGUGGCCAAAUAACUUCUUAAAAUUAAGCACAUUAAUCCGCUUUACAAGGGGUGUAGAGCCUAACUGGCAUACGUAAGCAGCGCGUGAGUUUCAAGUUUGGGGAAGAUUGUUUUCACCAUAAUAAUGCACCUUUAUAAUAAAAGCAUUAUAUGCAUAAUCACUUUUGAUAAUGGUUGUUUCCCGCUAAUGGAACAUUCGCGCUUAUAGCCUACUGCAGUGUGCGCAUUGCUGCGCUUAUAAUGUUAAGAAAUAGCCUAAUAGUUUAUCACAUUUUAAGCUAAACACAUUUUAAGCUAAACGUUCUGAUCUGUUGCGUCAGCCUCAUUGCGUAAAUCAAGUUUGUUUUAUUCUAAUGGUAGUGUUUAUUUGGUUCUAUUGCAUCCCACAACUGUCCCAGACUAUGUUUGAAUAUUUAUUUCUCGCACAGAAUAGAAUAGGUCAACUUUUGUACUAUCGGGGAUAGUAGAUUGACAUAGGCUAGUGCUUUUGCUGUUCGUUAGGCCUUGUUGGCUGACGAAAAGUAAAUGUGGACAGUUCUUCUUACAUCUUCAAUAUGCACCUCGGAAUUGGAUAAGAACACAUGCAGUUGCGUCCCAGAAGUGUCUGUCUUCACUUGUAGCCUGUGAGAAAGACCCGAUCACGUGAUGAAGAGCCAUGUGAGUGAGAGAUGCUUCGGGGCAUGCAGCACUCAGGGAGAAGGGAACAACGGCCACUGGCCGCAUAAGGCAUGGAUUUUGUUAGGAUGCAUUACGGCCACACAAAGGGGAUGCCGCUGGGAAAUUUGAGGCAUUAUCAAGUGCUUGUCAAAUUGUGAAUGAGAGACUGAUGAAGUGUGUACAGCAUGCGUAAAAAACAAAGCAGAGCUCAUGCCUUUCAAGCGACUUUUUUCAAAUCAUCAUUAGAGUCGAGUCAUACAGCCUUACAAUGUAUUAAAAAUCAAAACAUAUAGCCCAAUGUUUGUAGAACAACUAAAGUUACAUUAACUCUAAAUUAAGCAUAUAGGAGUACCUAUUUCUUUGUUAAACGCUCAACACAGAAUAGCCGCAUGUGCGCACUCCCUCAAAUCUUUUGGAGAAAAUAUCCUUUCUAUUUUAUUCGGCUUUGUUCAAUUGUAUUCUUCAUACUAAAAAAUAAUAUAAAAUAAUGCCACGGAAUUCUAACCAAAUCUUGUUUGCAAAAUUAUCUAGUGUAGCCCAUAGCCAUAUGGCAUAGCCAGAUCAGGACCUAACAUAAGGACAACUCAGAGUUAGCAAUUCUGUUCUUCUGAAAUAAACUAAAUUUUCUGCAAAUCAUGUUUUUUUUAGACCUGUCUAAAAUAAAUAAUGGAUUUAUUGGGGCGGUUUAGGCUAUAUUACAUGGAUUUAUUAUACUUUUUUAAAUGUAGAUGUUCCAAAGGUCUGCAUCAGUGGCUUAUAGGCUAUGUGUGGAAGCCAGGAGAUGCUAAAUGUGUUUGUUAAUUAAUUACAGUGAGACCAACUGUUAUUUGCUUGACAAUCAUUGGCUGACGAAAUUUCGUGACCGCCACAGCCCUAGGAGGGGUUGCACUUUAUUUUAUGGUACAGAAAUGACUAGGUAUGUAUUGAGAAAUUACAGGGUCAAUUGAUAAAAUAGGAGGGGUCAAAGGGAAGGUAUGGUGUAAUUCGCUGUGUGUGGAGUUGUAACGCAGUUGAUCGAAUGUAGGUGUUUUGUUUGAUAAUCUGCUUUAACUAUUUAGUCAUCUCAGUUCUAUGUGACUUCCUCUCGCCUCUCCCUCAAGGUGUCACAGCUUCUAUGGGACAUCCUGGGAGAUGUGUGUGAGCCCUUCUACUACAGUCUUCUGGGUUUGGACCAGAGCACCAGCACCAGGAGAGCAAUGAAGGUAGUGUCUACCAUAGCUGUAUUCCAAAUGGCACUCUGGCCACUAUAUCCCUCAAACUCGAAGCUAGUUCCACUGCUUUUUUAAAUUGUUCCCCUCUAAUCAGGGACUGAUAUAGACCUGGGACACCAGGUGGGUGCAAUUAAUUAUCAGGUAGAACAAUUUUCUAUUGGUAGAACAGAAAACCAGCAGGCUCUGGACCUCGUAGGGUAAGAGUUGAAUACCCCAACCCUAUACACUUAGAAAAAAAGGUGCUAAGUAGAACCAAAUAGGGUUCUUCGGCUUGUCUCCAAAAGGGAACUAUUUUUGGUGCAAAGGUAGAACCCUCUAUGAAGGGUUAUUCCUAGAACCUAUAAAUGGUUCUACUGAGAACCAUUUUAUCAUCUAAAUGUUCUCCCUAGAACCCUCUAUGAAGGGUUCUACCGUGAACCUUUUCAUUUUUUAAGGGUUCUUCCUAGAACCCUCUAUGAACUGUUCUACCAAAACCCCUUUUAUCUUUGAAGCUUUUUUCCUAGAACUAUCUAUGAAUGGUUCCACCAGCCUUAUUAGCCUUUCAAAUUAAACUAUUUUGCCUCCCAAGUGGCACAGCGGUUUAAGGCUCUUCACCAAAGUGCAGAGACACCACUACAGCCUGAAUUCGAUCCCAGGUUGUGUCAUAGCCGGUCGUGACUGGGAGCUCCCAAGGGUGGUGUAGGGGUCGGUAGUUCCCGGCUGGGGUUUCCUUGUCUCAUCGCACUCUAGCAACUCCUUGUGGCAGGCCGGGUGCCUGCAAGCUGACAGCGGUCAUCAGUUUCACCGUGUUUGUCUCAGAAACAUUGGGGCGGCUGACUUCCGGGUUAGCGAGCAUUGUGUAUAAGAAGCAGCACGGCUUGGCGGAGCAUGUUUCGGAGGACACAUGUCCUGAUAUUACCGAGCCCAUUGGGGAGUUGCCGCAAUGAAACAAGGGAGAAAUUGGUGAGAAAAUUGGGUAAAAUUGGAUAAACAAAUGUACAAAUGAAAUUCAACUCUUUAUGACAAUAUAUUGCAUAUAUCAAAGUGGUCUGAAGCUCCUGGCUUGCAAAGUGAUGUGUAAUUCUUAUUGGAAUUCAGCCAGAGCGAGGAUAUCCAACAACUGGAAUCACCCACAACCUGCAUUUAGAAUGACUGCCAUGGUAGGGAAGAAUAAUCAAUGAGACUACCUAAAUCAUCUAAACUGGAACAACCAUCUCAGUAACAGGUGCAAUAAGUCCAACUACUAACAGAUUGGACUAGUUUAGAAAAAUGUGUGUAAUUUAUGUUUGUGUAGCAUAAGAUUAACUAAGCAAUCAAUGUACAUGCAAAAAUACAGAUACUGAAACAAACAAUUCUGAAAAUCAACCUGCAAAAGAGCAUGCUGGGAAAUAUGAUAAUGAUGGACCUGGUUCAUCGCCAAGCAUGUUUUUAGAAAUGUUUGCAAAUGUAUAGAAAAUUCAAUAAAUAAAUAUCUAAUUUACAUAACUAUUGACACCCCUGAGUCAAUACUUUGUAGUAGCACCUUUGGCAGCUAUUACAGCUGUAAGUCUUUCUGGGUAAGUCUCUAAGAGCUUUCCACACCUGGAUUGUGCAUAUUUUGUCCAUUAUUAUUUUCAGAAUUCGUCAAACUCUCUCAAAUUGGUUGUUGAUAAUUUAUAGACAAAUAGUUUAAGUCAAAACUGUAACUCGGCCACUCAGGAACAGUCACUGUCUUCUUGGUAAGCAACUCCAGUGUAGAUUUGCCCUUGUGUUUUAGGUUAUUGUCCUGCUGAAAGGUGAAUUCAUCUCCCAGUGUCUGGUGGAAAGCAGCCUGAACCAGGUUUUUCUGUAGGAUUUUGCCUGUGCUUAGCUCAAUUACGUUUAUUUUUUAUCCUGAUAACCUUGGAACAGGGGGAAUAGUUUAUUUAUGGCUGAUUUAAAGAUCAAAUCGUCAACCCUGUAACGGUCAACCCUGUUACGUUCAACCCUGAAAGGCACUGUAAUAAGCUUCUAUUCCCCCUGUUACAAGGUUAUUUAUGGCUGAUUAAAUGGGCGGCAGGUAGCUUAGUGGUUAAGAGCGUUGUGACAGUAACCGAAAGGUUGCUGGUUCUAAUCCCCGAGCCGACUAGGUGAAAAAUCUGUCGAUGUGCCCUUGAGCAAGGCACUUAACCCAAAUUGCUCCUGUAAGUCGCUCUGGAUAAGAGCGUCUACUAAAUGACUAAUAAAAAAUGUAAGAUCACAUCGUCAAUCCUGUUACGUUCAAACCUGAAAUAUAUAUAUUUUUUUAUUAAGUUACACUACCCAAAAGGUACUCAUUGGAGGAUCGACCCAUAGGUAAAAUAAUGAAGGGAAUACCAGAUACAUUCACAAAUAUUCCCAUAUAGGUACAGUUUAAAACAUUCUCACACCUAUCUUUUUAAACGUAACAGAUUACUAAAACUCUUGAUAUUGAAGUUAUAAACACUGAGGUAAACACUAGUGAGGGAAACAAGUAUUUGAUCCCCUGCUGAUAUUGUACGUUUGCCCACUGACAAAGAAAUGAGCAGUCUAUAAUUUUAAUGGUAGGUUUAUUUGAACAGUGAGAGACAGAAUAACAACAAAAACAUCCAGAAAAACGCAUGUCAAAAAUGUUAUACAUUGAUUUGCAUUUUAAUGAGGGAAAUAAGUAUUUGACCCCCUCUCAAUCAGAAAGAUUUCUGGCUCCCAGGUGUCUUUUAUACAGGUAAUGAGCUGAGAUUAGGAGCACACUCUUAAAGGGAGUGCUCCUAAUCUCAGCUUGUUACCUGUAUAAAAGACACCUGUCCACAGAAGCAAUCAAUCAAUUCGAUUUUAAACUCUCCACCAUGGCCAAGACCAAAGAGCUCUCCAAGGAUGUCAGGGACAAGAUUGUAGACCUACACAAGGCUGGAAUGGGCUACAAGACCAUCGCCAAGCAGCUUGGUGAGAAGGUGACAACAGUCGGUGCGAUUAUUCGCAAAUGGAAGAAACACAAAAGAACUGUCAAUCUCCCUCAGCCUGGGGCUCCAUGCAAGAUCUCACCUCGUGGAGUUGCAAUGAUCAUGAGAACGGUGAGGAAUCAGCCCAGAACUACACGGGAGGAUCUUGUCAAUGCUCUCAAGGCAGCUGGGACCAUAUUCUCCAAGAAAAUAAUUGGUAACACAUUAUGCCGUGAAGGACUGAAAUCCUGCAGCGCCCGCAAGGUCCCCUUGCUCAAGAAAGCACAUAUACAGGCCCUUCUGAAGUUUGCCAAUGAACAUCUGAAUGAUUCAGAGGAGAACUGGGUGACAGUGUUGUGGUCAGAUGAGACCAAAAUGGAGCUCUUUGGCAUCAACUCAACUCGCCGUGUUUGGAGGAAGAGGAAUGCUGCCUAUGACUCCAAGAACACCAUCCCCACCGUCAAACAUGGAGGUAGAAACAUUAUGCUUUGGGGGUGUUUUUCUGCUAAGGGGACAGGACAACUUCACCGCAUCAAAGGGACGAUGGACGGAGCCAUGUACCGUCAAAUCUUGGGUGAGAACCUCCUUCCCUCAGCCAGGGCAUUGAAAAUGGGUCGUGGAUGGGUAUUCCAGCAUGACAAUGACCCAAAACAUACAGCCAAGGCAACAAAGGAGUGGCUCAAGAAGGAGCACAUUAAGGUCCUGGAGUGGCCUAGCCAGUCUCCAGACCUUAAUCCCAUAGAAAAUCUGUGGAGGGAGCUGAAGGUUCGAGUUGCCAAACGUCAGCCUCGAAACCUUAAUGACUUGGAAAAGAUCUGCAAAGAGGAGUGGGACAAAAUCCCUCCUGAGAUGUGUGCAAACCUGGUGGCCAACUACAAGAAACAUCUGACCUCUGUGAUUGCCAACAAGGGUUUUGCAGAGGGGUCAAAUACUUAUUUCCCUCAUUAAAAUGCAAAUCAAUUUAUAACAUUUUUGACAUGUGUUUUUCUGGAUUUUUGUUGUUGUUAUUCUGUCUCUCACUGUUCAAAUACACCUACCAUUAAAAUUAUAGACUGAUCAUGUCUUUGUCAGUGGGCAAACGUACAAAAUCAGCAGGGGAUCAAAUACUUUUUUCCCUCACUGUAUAUAUAUAUAUAUAUAUAUAUAUAUAUAUAUUAUAUAUAUAUAUAUAUAUAUAUAUAUAUAUAUAUAUAUAUAUAUAUAUAUAUAUAUAUAUUUUUUUUUUUUAAAGCUCAUUUAGAUUCAGAACAGUUUAUGUAGAACCCUUCUUGCCUUUCAAUCAUUCUUCCCUUAUAAUUAAUCAUCAAAGAACCCUUUCUUCAAAAAAAGGUUCUAGGUAGAACCCUUUGCCUUACAAAGAAACCUCAGUUUCCAUAAAGGGUUCUUAAGAUGAAAACAGUUCUUGGUAGAACCUUAUCCCUUCCGCAAACAACUAUUUUAGAACCCUUUUUCCUAAGUGUGUAGUGCACUACUUUUGACCAGGGUCCAUGAAUUACAAAUGCAUCUGUUCUCAAUGCCAAGGUCCAGUGAUGUGAACUAGGCCUACUUAUUCAUGUUAUAGAGUAGACUCCACUCCACCAAUAUAGUUGAAUUAUCAACACUGCUAAGGUUAUACCACUGCAUGACUUGCCAUAGAAUGUAACUGUGACUGCUGUGCUAACCAAGCUGUAUUCACUCUCUCUCUCUCGAUCUCUCGCUCUAUAUAUCUCUCUCCCCUCUCAGCAAGUGAAUAAGUUGUUGCUGGGGGAUUGUUCGUACAGGGAGCAGAGCUGUCUCAACCCGUGGGCCUCUCUGUUCAUCUGGGCUGUGCUGCAGAACCGCAGCGAGAUGGCCGUCUACUUCUGGGAGAUGGUAAUUUAUUUAUUUAUUAUUUUAUUUAACUGACCAGGUGAGUCAGUUAAUAAUGUAUGGGAACAGGCAGCUGUAAUGACAAUGAUAACAAUUACUCUCAAAUGAGUGCUUCAUUCUAUAGCUAGAGGACUCCUGAUAUCUUCAGGAGUGAUAAGUAUAAUUUUUGUCUAUCUGGUACUGUUUUCUUGCUAGCUAGGGCGAUCUACUUUAAGUGCUGCCUGUCUUCCCAGUAGCCUAGUUGGUGUGUAAACUGCUGACUGCUAUUAACCUGCAAAUGAUUGUUCAAAUCAAAUGUUAUUGGUCACACACACACAUAUUAACCUAGCUCCAACAGUGCAGUAGUGUCUAACAAUUCACAACAAUACACACGAAUCUAAAAGUAAAAUAAUGGAAUUAAGAAAGAUAUAAAUAUUAGGACGAGCAAUGUCGGAGUGGCAAUGACUAAAAUACAGUAGAAUAGAAUACAGUAUAUACAGUCGUGGUCAAAAGUUGAGAAUGACACAAGUAUUGGUCUUCACAAAGUUCGCUGCUUCAGUGUUAUGAGAUAUUUGUCAGAUGUUAAUAUGGUAUACUGAAGUAUAAUUACAAGCAUUCCAUGAGUGUCAAUGGCUUUUAUUGACAAUUACAUUAAGUUUAUGCAAAGAGUCAAUAUAUAUUUUUCAAGACCUCUGCAAUCCGCCCUGGCAUGCUGUCAAUUAACUUCUGGGCCACAUCCUGACUGAUGGCAGCCCAUUCUUGCAUAAUCAAUGCUUGGAGUUAGUCAGAAUUUGUGGGUUUUUGUUUGUCCACCCGCCUAUUGAGGAUCGACCACAAGUUCUCAAUGGGAUUAAGAUCUGGGGAGUUUCCUGGCCAUGGACCCAAAAUGUUGAUGUUUUGUUCCCCGAGCCACUUAGUUAUCACUUUUGCCUUAUGGCAAGGUGCUCCAUCAUGCUGUUCAUGGAUGGUUGGGAGAAGUUGCUCUCUGAGGAUGUGUUGGUACCAUUCUUUAUUCAUGGCUGUGUUCUUAGGCAAAAUUGUGAGUGAGCCCACUCCCUUGGCUGAGAAGCAACCCCACACAUGAAUGGUCUCAGGAUGCUUUACCGUUGGCAUGACACAGGACUGAUGGUAGCGCUCACCUUGUCUUCUCCGGACAAGGUGUUUUCUGGAUGCCCCAAACAAUCAGAAAGGGGAUUCAUCAGAGAAAAUGACUUUACCCCAGUCCUCAGCAGUCCAAUCCCUGUAACUUUUGCAGAAUAUCAGUCUGUCCCUGAAGUGGCUUCUUUGCUGCCCUUCUUGACACCAGGACAUCCUCCAAAAGUCUUCGCCUCACUGUACGUGCAGAUGCACUCACACUUGCCUGCUGCCAUUCCUGAGCAAGCUCUGCACUUGUGAUGCCCCGAUCCCGCAGCUGAAUCAACUUUAGGAGACGGUCCUGGCGCUUGCUGGACUUUCUUGGGCGCCCUGACGCCUUCUUCACAACAAUUGAACCUCUCUCCUUGAAGUUCUUGAUGAUCUGAUAAAUGGUUGAUUUAGGUGCAAUCUUACUAGCAGCAAUAUCCUUGCCUGUGAAGCCCUUUUUGUGCAAAGCAAUGAUGACGGCACGUGUUUCCUUGCAGGUAACCAUAGUUAACAUUUCAAGCACCACCCUCCUUUUAAAGCUUCCAGUCUGUUAUUCUAACUCAAUCAGCAUGACAGAGUGAUCUCCAGCCUUGUUCUCGUCAACACUCUCACCUGUGUUAACGAUAGAAUCACUGACAUGAUGUCAGCUGGUCCUUUUGUGGCAGGGCUGAAAUGCAGUGGAAAUGUUUUUUUGGGAUUAAGUUAAUUUUCAUGGCACAGAGGGACUUUACAAUUAAUUGCAAUUCAUCUGAUCACUCUUCAUGACAUUCUGUAGUAUAUGCAAAUUGCCAUUAUCAAAACUGAGGCAGAAGACUUUGUGAAAAUUAGUAUUUGUGUCAUUCUCAAAACAUUUGACCACGACUGUACAUAUGAAAUGAGUAAAGCAUUAUGUAAACAUUAUUAAAGUGACUAGUGUUCCAUUAUUAAAGUGACCAGUAAUUCCGGCUAGUGAUGGCUAUUUAACAGUCUGAUGGCCUUGAGAUAGAAGCUGUUUUUCAGUCUCUCGGUCCCAGCUUUUAUGCACCUGUACGCCUUCUGGAUGGUAGCGGGGUGAACAGGUCGUCGCUCGGGUGGUUCAUGUCCUUGAUGAUCUUUUUGGUCUUCCUGUGUCAUCGGGUGUUGUAGGUGUCCUGGAGGGCAGGCAGUGUGCUCCCGGUGAUGCGUUGGGCAUACCGCACCACCCUCUGGAGAGCCCUGUGGUUGUGGGUGGUGCAGUUGCCGUACCAGGCGGUGAUACAGCCCGACAGGAUGCUCUCAAUUGUGCCUCUGCAAAUGGGGUCUUAGUGCCAAGUCAAAUUUCUUCAGCCUCCUGAGGUUGAGGAGGUGCUGUUGCGCCUUCUUCACCACACUGUCUGUGUGGGUGGACCAUUUCAGAUUGUCAGUGAUGUUUACGCCGAGGAACUUGAAGCUUUCCACCUUCUCCACUGCGGUCCUGUUGAUGUGGAUUCUGAAGUCCACGAUCAGCUCCUUUGUUUUGUUGACCCUGAGGGAGAGGUUGUUUUCCUGGCUCCACUCCGCCAUCUCACCUCCUCCCUGUAGGCUGUCUCGUCAUUGUUGGUAAUCAAGCGUACUACUGUUGUGUCGUCUGCAAACAUGAUGAUUGAGUUGGAGGCCUGCGUUGCCACGCAGUCAUGGGUGAACAGGGAGUACAGGAAGGGGCUGAGCGCGCACCCUUGUGGGGCCCCUGUGUUGAGGAUUAGCGAAGUGGAGGUGUUGUUUCCUACCUUCACCACCUCGGGGUGGCCCGUCAGGAAGUCCAGGACCCAGUUGCACAGGGCGGGGUUCAGACCCAGGACCCCGAGCUUAACGAUGAGCUUGGAGGGUACUAUGGUGUUGAAGGCUGAGCUAUAGUCAAUGAACAGCAUUCUUACAUAGGUAUUCCUCAUGUCCAAAUGGGAUAGGGAAGUGUGCAGUGCGAUGGCGAUUGUAUCGUCUGUGGAUCUAUUGGGGCGGUAUGCAAAUUGAAGUGGGUCUAGGGUGUCAGGUAAGGUAGAGGUGAUAUGAUCCUUAACUAGCCUCUCAAAGCACUUCAUGAUGACAGAAGUGAGUGCUAAAGGCCGAUAGUCAUUGAGUUCAGUUACCUUUGCUUUCUUGGGUACAGGAACAAUGGUAGACAUCUUGAAGCAAAUGGGGACAGCCGACUGGGAUAGGGAGAGAUUGAAUAUGUCUGUAAACACCAGCCAGCUGGUCUGCGCAUGCUUUGAGGACACAGCUUGGGAUGCCGUCUGGGCCGGCAGCCUUGCGAGGGUUAACACGCUUAAAUGUCUUACUCACGUCGGCCAUAGAGAACGAGAGCCCACAGUCCUUGGGAGCAGGUUGCGUCGGUGGCACUGUGUUAUCCUCAAAGCAGGCAAAGAAGGUGUUUAGCUUGUCCGGGAGCAAGACGUCGGUGUCCGCGACAUAGAUGGUUUUCCCUUUGUAAGCCGUGAUUGUCUGUAGACCCUGCCACAUACGUCUCGUGUCUGAGCCGUUGAAUUGUGACUCCACUUUGUCUCUGUACUGACGUUUUGCCUGUUUGAUUGCCUUACGGAGGGAAUAACUACACUGUUUGUAUUCAACCAUAUUCCCAGUCACCUUGCCAUCGUUAAAUGCGGUGGUUCGCGCUUUCAGUUUUGCGCGAAUGCUGCCUUCUAUCAACGGUUUCUGGUUUGGGUAGGUUUUAAUAGUCACAGUGGGAACAACAUCGCCUAUACACUUCCUGAUGAACUCAGUCACCGUGUCCGUGUAUACAUCAAUGUUAUUCUCAGAGGUUACCCGGAACAUAUCCCAGUCCGCGUGAUCACAUCAACCAGGAUUAAGGGUCAGGGCAAUUUGCGACUGUUGUUUUCGUAGUCAGUGGCUGUAUUGGUUUCUCCUCUCCUAUGCAAUCAGCAAUUAUUACCGGGAGGUGUGCUCUUCACCUUUGCAAGGCAAUAAGAAAAUAGUAUUAGUACUUCAGUCUCCCUUGUUCUUCUCAGCGUCGCAAAACUAAGACCAUCACCGAAACAAAGACGGUUUUGCCGAGUUGUUCUGCGGAAUUAUUCGAGGAAGGAAAGAGAGGAAGGCUCGACGCCACUCUCUCACUUGAAUAUCUUACCUAGUUAUUUUCAGAUUAUCACAUUUUGCUCUUUGGUAGCUUUAUGUGUGUUUUCUAUCCCAGUUCACUCCCCACCCCUUAGCUGCAACCCUUCUAAUUUAGUGUACCCCGUGCGCACAACCCAUGUGGAAUUCCUUGUCUCUGGCAGCAUUUGGAACUGCUGAUCUGCGGUCAAGAACGCAGAGUUAAUCUCAGUCUAUGCUGCCUUUCAGUCCCUUGACUUUUUGGACCUUACAUGGAUCACCCCAGAGAACACUGCUACUCCAGCUGUUUUCUCUCAUAGUCCGAGAGCAUCUGGUCAUCGUGGUAGUGGCACAGGGCUAUUAAUUUCUCCUAAAUUGAGACUUUCUCUUUUCUCUCUCUCUCACCUGUCCAUCUCCUCAUUUAAAUUCCAUACUGUCACUUGUCCACUCAAGCUUAACAUUGUUGUCAUCUAUCGCCCACCAGGUGCCCUUAGAGAGUCCCUAAAUGAGCUUGACACCUUGAUAAGCUCAUUUCCUGACGAUGGCUCACCGCUCUUCGUACUUCAACCUCCCGACGUCUGCCUUCGAUUCAUUUCUUUCCAACUCUCUCUUUCCCCUCCUUGCCUCUUUUGACCUCACCCUUUUCCACUCCCACGCACAAGGCAGGCAAUACGCUUGACCUCAUCUUUACUAGUGGCUGUUCGCUUACUAAUCUCACUGCAACCCCCUCCAGGUAUCUGAUCACUACUUUGUUUCCUUUUCUGUCUCCCUUUCCUCCAACCCUAGCCACUCAACCCCUACCCAGAUGCCCAUGUGCCAUCGCAACCUUUGCUCUCUAUCUCCCACUACUCUAUCCUCCUUUAUCCUGUCAUCUCUCCCUUCUGCUAAAUCCCUUUUCCCUCCUGUCUCCUGAUUCUGCCUCUUCAACCCUACUCUCCUCCCUUUACGCAUCCUAUGACUCGCACUGUCCCCUUUCCUCCCUCCUGCGCCGUGGCUUAGUGCCUCAUUGAGAGCCUAUAGAACAGGGCUGUGGGCAGCUGAGCAAAAAUGGAUCCAAACUAAACCUCCGGAGGACCUAUCAUCCUUUUACUCCCUCCUAUCUACCUUAUCUUCCUCUGUAUCCACUGCUAAAGCCACUUUCUAUCACUCUAAACUUCAAGCUUCAGCCUUUAACCCAAGGAAACUAUUUUCCACCUUUUCCUCCCUCCUCCCUCUCUGCAGACGACUUUGUCAACCACUUUGAAAAGAAGGUUGAAGACAUCUGCUCCUCAUUCAAUCAGCCUAUUGAAUCCACUGGUCCCACUCACACAGAACUACCCUAUGCCUUGAGCUCUUUCUCCCCUCUCUCUCCAGAUGAAAUCCUGCGACUAGUGGUGUCAGGCCACCCGACAACCUGCCCGCUCGACCCCAUCACUUCCUCCAUUCUCCAGACCAUCUCUGGAGACCUUCUCCCAUUCCUCACCUCCCUCAUCAACUCAUCCCUGACCACUGGCUGUGUCCCCUCUGACUUCCAAAUGGCCCGAGUCGCUCCCCUCCUCAAGAAACCAACACCUCGACUCCUCUGGCGUCAAAAACUACAGACCGGUCUCUGUUCAUUAUUUUAUUUCCAAAACACUUGAGCGUACUGUCUCUGAUCAAGUCUCUCGCUAUCUCUCUCAGAACGAUCCUAACCAGUUAGGCUUCAAGACGGGUCACUCAACCAAGACUGCUCUUCUCUGUGUCACGGAGGCUCUCCGCACUGCGAAAGCUGACUCUCUCUCCUCUGUUCUCAUCCUCCUAGAUCUAGCCACUGCCUUCAACACCAUGAACCAUCCUCCUCUCCACCCUCUCAGGGCUGGGCGUCUCUGCACACUCUUGGAUUGCAUCCUACCUGGCAGGUGAUGUGGAGAGGAUCUGUGUCUACACCACGUACUCUCACUACUGGUGUCCCCCAGGGCUCGGUUCUAGGCCCACUCCUCUUCUCUCUAUACACCAAGUCACUCGGCUCUGUCAUAUCUUCACAUGGUCUCUCCUAUCAUUGCUAUGCGGCUGGCACUCAUCUACUUUUCUCCUUCCCCCCUUCUGACACCUAGGUGGCGACACGCAUCUCUGCAUGACUGGCAGAUAUCUCAGCUUGGAUGUUGGCCCACCACCUCAAGCUCAACCUCGACAAGACGGAGCUGCUUUUCCUCCCGGGGAAGGCCUGCCUGCUCCAAGACCUCUCCAUCACAGUUGACAACUCAACGGUGUCCCCAUCCCAGAGUGCAAAGAACCUUGACGUGACCCUGGACAACACCCUGUCGUUCUCUACAAACAUCAAAGCAGUGACUCGCUCCUGCAAGUUAAUGCUCUACAACAUCCGUAGAGUACGACCCUACCUCACACAGGAAGCGGCGCAGGUCCUAAUCCAGGUGCUUGUCAUCUCCCAUCUGGACUACUGCAACUCGCUGUUGGCUGGGCUCCCCGCUUGUGCCAUCAAACCCCUGCAAUUUAUCCAGAACGUUGCAGCUCGCCUGGUGUUCAACCUUUCCAAGUUCUCCCAUUUCACCCUGCUCCUCCGCACACUCCACUGGCUUCCAGUUGAAGCCCACAUCCACUACAUCACCAUGGUACUUGCCUAUAGAGCAGCAAGUGGAACUGCCCUUCCCUACCUUCAGGCUAUGCCCAACACCCCAACCCGAGCACUCCGUUCUGCCACCUCUGGUCACUUGGCCCUCCCAUCCUUACGGGAGGGUAGCUCCCGCUCAGCCCAGUCCAAGCUCUUCUCUGUCCUGGCACCCCAAUGGUGGAACCCUGUCCAUCUUCCGAAAACAACCUCUUCAAAGUGUAUCUUAAAUACACUUUGUCCCACCUAUCUAUCUUAAGAUGAAUGCACUAACUGUACGUCGCUCUGGAUCAGAGUGUCUGCUAAAUGACUAAAAUGUAAAUGUAAAUGCUUGAAGUUAAACUAAUCUGUAGAAAAAUGCAUUAAUUUACGAAUGCACAGACGCAUUUUAGCAUUGAUCUCUCCCCUUUUUAUAUCCCCUUCUCUCUUUCUCUCUCUCUCCCCCUCGCUCUCUCUUCCUCUCUCUCCCCCCUCUCCCUCUCUCCUCCAGGGAGGGGAGUCUGUCCACAGUGCUCUGGCAGGCUGUAAGAUUCUGAGGGAGCUGUCUAAGCUGGAGAGUGAGACGGAGACCAAACUCUCUAUGAAGGAGCUGGCCCAGAAGUUUGAGAACUUGGCCCUUGGUGGGUUAGCCUUAUUCUGGCUGUGUAUUUGUACUGUGAGGAUGUCAAUUUAGUGGUUAUUAACUCUGUUAUGCAUACAGUGGGGAAAAAAAGUAUUUAGUCAGCCACCAAUUGUGCAAGUUCUCCCACUUAAAAAGAUGAGAGAGGCCUGUAAUUUUCAUCAUAGGUACACGUCAACUAUGACAGACAAACUGAGAAAAGAAAAUCCAGAAAAUCACAUUGUAGGAUUUUUAAUGAAUUUAUUUGCAAAUUAUGGUGGAAAAUAAGUAUUUGGUCACCUACAAACAAGCAAUAUUUCUGGCUCUCACAGACCUGUAACUUCUUCUUUAAGAGGCUCCUCUGUCCUCCACUCGUUACCUGUAUUAAUGGCACCUGUUUGAACUUGUUAUCAGUAUAAAAGACACCUGUCCACAACCUCAAACAGUCACACUCCAAACUCCACUAUAGCCAAGACCAAAGAGCUGUCAAAGGACACCAGAAACAAAAUUGUAGACCUGCACCAGGCUGGGAAGACUGAAUCUGCAAUAGGUAAGCAGCUUGGUUUGAAGAAAUCAACUGUGGGAGCAAUUAUUAGGAAAUGGAAGACAUACAAGACCACUGAUAAUCUCCCUCGAUCUGGGGCUCCACGCAAGAUCUCACCCCGUGGGGUCAAAAUGAUCACAAGAACGGUGAGCAAAAAUCCCAGAACCACACGGGGGGACCUAGUGAAUGACCUGCAGAGAGCUGGGACCAAAGUAACAAAGCCUACCAUCAGUAACACACUACGCUGCCAGGGACUCAAAUCCUGCAGUGCUAGACGUGUCCCCCUGCUUAAGCCAGUACAUGUCCAGGCCCGUCUGAAGUUUGCUAGAGUGCAUCCAGAAGAGGAUUGGGAGAAUGUCAUAUGGUCAGAUGAAACCAAAAUAUAACUUUUUGGUAAAAACUCAACUCGUCGUGUUUGGAGGACAAAGAAUGCUGAGUUGCAUCCAAAGAACACCAUACCUACUGUGAAGCAUGGGAGUGAAAACAUCAUACUUUGGGGCUGUUUUUCUGCAAAGGGACCAGGACGACUGAUCCGUGUAAAGGAAAGAAUGAAUGGGGCCAUGUAUCGUGAGAUUUUGAGUGAAAACCUCCUUCCAUCAGCAAGGGCAUUGAAGAUGAAACGUGGCUGGGUCUUUCAGCAUGACAAUGAUCCCAAACACACCGCCCGGGCAACGAAGGAGUGGCUUCGUAAGAAGCAUUUCAAGGUCCUGGAGUCUCCAGAUCUCAACCCCAUAGAAAAUCUUUGGAGGGAGUUGAAAGUCCGUGUUGCCCAGCGACAGCCCCAAAACAUCACUGCUCUAGAGGAGAUCUGCAUGGAGGAAUGGGCCAAAAUACCAGCAACAGUGUGUGAAAACCUUGUGAAGACUUACAGAAAACGUUUGACCUGUGUCAUUGCCAACAAAGGGUAUAUAACAAAGUAUUGAGAAACUUUUGUUAUUGACCAAAUACUUAUUUUCCACCAUAAUUUGCAAAUAAAUUCAUUAAAAAUCCUACAAUGUGAUUUUCUGGAUUUAUUUUCCUCAUUUUGUCUGUCAUAGUUGACGUGUACCUAUGAUGAAAAUUACAUGCCUCUCUCAUCUUUUUAAGUGGGAGAACUUGCACAAUUGGUGGCUGACUAAAUACUUUUUUUCCCCACUGUACAUGUGAGCAGCUUAUAUUUUGAGAGUGAAGGUUACCCCAUAAUGCCUAGUAGCGGGUCCGCAUCAGACCGCAAGGGACCACCUGUUCUGAAAGUCUGCUGGACGUUAUCCCAGUCUGGGACCAUUUGCAAUGCUUUCACACUCAAUGUCUUUAAGAUGAGGACUGAAGCAAAUCAAUCCGCACUCCUAAUGGGAAACCUAAUGUGACCUGUGUCCUCUCUAUAGACGUCUUCAGUGAGUGUUAACCCUUUAAUCAUCUCUCUAGACGUGUUCAGUGAGUGCUACCAGAGCAGUGAGAGCCGCUCUUUCACCCUCCUUAUAAGGCAGUCUCCAGUGUGGGGCAAAGCUACUUGUCUGCAGAUGGCCACCUCAGCCGACGCCCGCCACUUCUUCAGCCACGAUGGUGUGCAGGUCUGUACUAAACUCAGGGGUCAGAGGUCAUGGUGUGUGUGUUUGUGUGUGCAUGCAUGCUUUGUGUGCUUGCUUAUGUGGGUGUGAGAUUCAAAUCAAAUUUGUCACAUGCUUCGUUAACAACAGUGAAAUGCUUACUUACGGGUCCUUUUCCAACAAUGCAGAGUUAAAGAUGAAGAUAAAAAAUUUAAUAAUCUGUGUGUGCGUGUGAUCUGUGUUCACAUUAAUCUUUAUAAAACUAACCAGCUCCUUAGAUUUCCAGAGUGUUUGUGUUAGAUCAUGGAGGGUGGUUAAUUGAAGUUUCUCAGGAUCAACUCUGCUCCUACCUCUUCCUCUGGCAGUCUCUGCUGUCUCAGAUCUGGUGGGGAGAUAUGAAGAGGAGCACGAAGGUCUGGAAAUUGGUCCUCACCUUCUUCUUACCCCCCCUCAUCUACACCAACCUCAUCAGCUUCAGGUUAGUGUCUGUCUGUCUGAGAAUUUCCAAUCCAUUAAAGGUGCAAUAUGCAGAAAUCGCUCCGCCAUUUCCUGGUUGCAAAAAUUCUAAUACUUAGCCUAAUUUCAGUUUAUGUGACAAAACAAGCAAUGUAUAGUGUAGAGAAUCAUUGUACCAUCUAAACUGCUGUGAAAUAUAUUUUAAUUAACCAUAAAUAUUGUAUUUCAGCUGUUUGAAGCUGGUGUAAAAAACCAAAAGUGAAAUACGCAAAAACAAAACUUAAGAACGGGAAGCAUAGAAAUAGCGCACAUAAAAUCAGAUCUACCGCUUCUUAGACUUGCUUUCAAUGAGAAUGACAGAUCUAUUACUCACAUUUCUAUGUGAAUUUGGUCAGGUCGCCCACAAAGUUACAUAUUAUACAUAAUAAGCAUUAAGAUACAGAGGAGAUUGGCUGCCCACAUGAAAAAAUACUACAGUUUACUAUAGAAUUCUAUAUACAGUACUACACACUGUAGUAUCCCUUGAUCAUGUGUAGUACUUACUAUAGAUUUUUGUAGUAUAAUGUAGACUACUAUAGUAAAUACUACAGUAAUGUCCGCAACAACAAAAGCACAGUCUGCAAAAACAAAGAUAAUACAACUAAAACACUACAGUAUAAUACAGUCCGCAAAAACACUACAGUAAUUACUAUAGUGUAUAUAUAUAAAAUAUAAUCUAAGUUUAUUUGUCACAUGCACAGGAUACAGAAGGUGUAAAUGGUAAAGUGAAAUGGUUACUUGCGUAUUUGCAUAGUAGCAAUACAUUUUUUUGAAAGUGUCCAGAUAAAAAUAUUUUAUCAUUAGAUGAUGCUUACCCAGACACACUUGUCUAAGUUAUAACCAACCUCAGCCACAUCUAACUAAGUGGAUGGGUCACUAUUGUCUAGAUCUAGACAUGUACACGUUAUUGUCUAGACAUGUACACAUGUUCAUGAAAUACAAUAGAUGGCCGUAGUCACCCCCAGACACACCUGGCUAACUUGAUGGGUCAUGUAAUCAUCUGGCAAAGUAGUGUAUUUUGUUUAGACAUGUAGCUAGCUAAACAAUGAACCACAAUCCCAACCCAUGCUACUAGCAAUACAAACAGAUUGUCAUAGCUAGCCACCAUGCAUUAAAUGCUGUACUAUGAAUCUGCAGGUAGCUAAAGCUAACCAACUAGGUUCAAUGUUAGGCUAUAACUAGCAAUGCAAAUGGAUUUCUGAGAUACUAAUAAUAUUACUACACAGAUCAUGCACGUAACGUUAGCUAGCGAGACAGCAAGCUAACGUUUGCUAGCUAGCUAACAGUAUGCUUUAACUUGCAAUGAAAACGACUUCGACAAAAUUAGAAACGUAUAAUAUCUGAAAAUGUAGCUAGACUCUUACCCGUAUACUGUACAUGGAUGAACGCUUCACUGCAGAGUGGAACCCCUUGUGUAAUUUCCGUUUUGUUUGUACAGCUUGUUUGGGCCGUGUUGUGUCAAGUCACUCCGGUUUACACUGACCGUGUGCAGAAAGUAGUCCAUCACAACUUUUUCCCACUUAUCUUUGUCAAUACUAAAUUCAGGGCAGCAAUGUUGUUGAGAGCAGUAGCAACACUCUUGCCGUUCUCUAUGGCUAACGUUAUAGCUUUAAAAAAGCAGUGGUAGCUAGGAUUAUCUACACAUACUGAGCAGCUCAUGUUAAAGUCUGAAGCAUGUUACAUGUCAGACCAAUCCGAACUCAUCUCUCGGCAUGUCCAGCCCAUCCAUUAUCUCAGCCAAUCAUGGCUAGCGGGAAGGUUCCUGUCUUUUUCCGUGGCUAAACCAAUUAGGCUCGUAAUUUAACAAUUUUAUUUGUAUUUACAGAUGGCAUACAAGUUUGUUAGUAAGGCACAUGAAAGUUCACGUUCCAGAAGGCAUUUUGAUCAUCAACAACAACAAAAAAUACGUUCAAAUGCCUCUCCUGUGAAGUAGUAAUGUGUGACAUAUGCCAAGCGUCCUGAAACGGGUCACAUAUGAAUAUUUUGUGUAUAUUUGUGUUGUAUUGUGCAGGGCACAUUUGAAAAAGAGACCUUGUCUCUGUCUACCCUGGUAAAAUUAAGGUAAAAAAAUAAAUAAACCUUUCCUUCACCACCAGCCUAUCUUCCAAUAUCGUUCAAAUUUUAAAUUCGCAAUGCUGACUUAUUUUCCUAUUUUCUUCCCCUUCGCAGGCUAUCUUCUCUCUAUCAUCCACAUUUUUUUAUACGUGGAGCGUUCCUUAUUUUCCUCAUACGGGGUGAAUUUGAGAAAUUGGAAGCUGGUGGUGAAACUGUCUGUCGGUCUGUAAUUUAUUUCUCAAUCUGUCUCUCUCUCUCUCUCAGGGAACAUGAGGAAGAGGGGAAGUCAGAGGAGGUGCCUCAUGGUCGAGACACAGAGAGUCUGGACGGAGGAGAUGCCACUAUGUUCUCCCUCUCCGACGUCAUGCAAACGUAAACACACACGCAUGCACGUAGUCAUCCAUGCACACACACUAAGUAAUUAUUCCCAUUUUGUCCUCUCAGGGAAGAGGAUGUCGAGGAAUAUGCUGCUCUAAGGGCCAAUCUGAAAAGUGCCCCCUCCUCCAAUCCCAAGAGGCCCUUCGUACUGCUGCGCUGGAGGGAGUUCUGGUUUGCGCCUGUCACCUCGUUCCUAGGCAACGUGCUGAUGUACUUCCUGUUCCUCGGCCUGUUUGCUUAUAUCCUAUUGUUGGACUUCAAGCCACCGCCCCCACACGGCCCGUCCACCUUAGAGUUUGUCCUCUACUUCUGGGUCUUCACCAUGGUCUGUGAGGAGUUUCGACAG